UUGGACCGGAUACAAACAUGGUUCAAGGUUCAACUGACUGAACCGGUCGCUCCGGUUUUAUUACCAUGCUCACGGUGAAUCGUUCUCCUUUGCAAGAACUGCGUUCACUCACCCUAAUUCGAUUCCUUUUCCUUCAACAAAAAAAGACACAAUCACCAUAAAUCUGUAGAUUAAAGUUGCUGGUUUUUACUGCAUGCCAUGGGAGCCAGAGGAGUAAUUGCAGACAAGUGGUCUAUGAGAGUUCUUUGGGCUUGUGCUAUUGGAAGUGCUGUUAGCCUGUAUAUGGUUGCUGUAGAAAGACAAAAACAGAAUAGGCAGAAGAUGUUGGCUGAAGGCUUGAAUGGAAUAGAUUUGGGGGAAAGAAAUGAAGAUGCUUAAGAUGUGUCAGACUCUUUUGAAUACUUUUUAGUAUCAUUUAGCAUAUUUUCAUAUGAAAAUAAUAGUUACGGAUCACUUCUUUCCAUUAAAACAUUAAAUCCAUUGACGUUAGUAUCUUUCUGAUAAGGUUGAAUCCUUGUGUAAAAGGUUUCUGUGUUAAUGUCUUUCAGACACAACGCCUAUGUUGAUCUUGUAGGAUCUUUGGUGAGGGUUUUCCCAUUUUGAUAAGAUCCAACAAAGUGGAAUACAAUAUAUUCUAGAAAGUUUAAAGUUGA